AUGAGCUUCUCUGCUGCUUCAACCACACCGGCCGCCGACAAGGGCAACGGAGCUUCAAUCUCCGCCGUCCAUCACGACAUCAUCACGGCCCACAUCCUCACCCGCCUCAACGGCCAGACCUUGGCCGCUGUGGCCUGCGCAUCGUCCGAACUACGCGCUUUCUCCACCGAAGGAAAACUCUGGCGGGACAUCAGCACCGCCAUGUGGCCUUCAACCACCGAUACACGUGUUAACGACCUCAUUUCCACUUUCCCAGCCGGUCACCGCUCUUUUUUCUCCGACUCUUUCCCGCUCCUCGACUACUCCCCCUCCCAAUUCGCUCUCAGCCCUUCGUCUCGCACCGCGGAGUUAAUCUCGGCCGUCGAUAUUUUCUACAAAGGCCAGCUCAUUUUCUCUAAGGUUCAGGAAUCAGAGACCGAAUCCGGGUGGUUCUUAUGCUCGCCCUUCCGGGUGGACUUGCUUGACCCGAAGGAAACCUUUCCGACACCAAUCCGACAUGUCGGAGAAGGCCAAAAGUCAUUGAAGCACUUGGAGGAGAACUUGAGCUUGAGCUGGAUCGUGAUCGAUCCAACCCGGAAACGGGCGGCGAAUUUGUCGAGCCGGAGGCCGGUGACGGUGCAGCAGCACUGGCUGACGGGGGAAAUACAGCUGCGGUUCACGACGAUAUUGGCGGGGGAGAAGAAGGGUGAGUAUGUGCAGUGCGGUACGGUGGUCACGUGCAAGGGGACCGAAGGUGGGGAGCUGCACGUGAGGGAGGUGAGCAUGCAUGUGGAGGCCAUGGAGGAGAAUCAUUUGAACGGGAGGGAGAGCUUGGUAAUAUUGCAGAGGGCGAUCGAAGGAGGGAAGAGGAGGAAGGAGAUAAACGGGAAGGCGAGGUUGGAGGAGUACUUGGAGAUGAAGAGAGAGAGGAGGAAGAGAAACGAGAGGAGAGAGAAGGCUUUCGACAUGAUCUGCCUUGCUGCUGGGGUUACUAUUUUCAUGGCGUUCUGGUCAUUCGUCUUGUUCAGAUAG